AUGGUUACCAUCAUGUCACACAUCUCUGAUUAUUUUGAGCAAUUUAAUAGUUCAUUAACAGCUGGUUCUCAACCAUCAUCUCAAUCUCAUAUUGUUUCAUCAUCAACAAAUAAAAUUCCACUUACAUUUUAUGUAUUUGAUUUUGAACGAUAUAGUGAUGAAAUGGGAACAUUACGAGAUUUACGUACAUAUAUGAUUCAACGUUGGCAUAAUAGUUUUUUCUAUGCUCUUGCAUAUUUAUUUUUAAUCUAUACGGGUCAGAUUUAUAUGAAAAAUAAGCCUCGAUUUGAAUUACGUUUAUGGUUAGCAGCAUGGAAUACAUUAUUGGCAUUAUUUUCAAUAUUUGGAGGUAUGCGAGUGUUACCGGAAUUAAUUUAUGCUAUUAGUCGACAUGGUAUGAAAUACUCAAUUUGUAAUAAUUCAAAUGCAUUUGGCGUUGUUGGAUUUUGGACAUGGGCAUUUUGUUUUUCAAAAUUACCCGAAUUAGUUGACACGGUAUUUAUUGUUCUUCGUAAACAACCAUUAAUUUUUCUUCAUUGGUAUCAUCAUGCAUCAGUUUUAAUUUAUUGUUGGUUCAGUUAUCAAGAUUAUAGUUCAACAGGAAGAUGGUUUUGUGUUUUGAAUUAUAUUGUUCAUGGAAUAAUGUAUUCUUAUUAUGCAUUACGUGCAUUAAAAUUUCGUAUACCACGUUGGGUAUCAAUGAUAAUAACGAUGCUUCAAUUAACUCAAAUGAUAGUUGGUUGUUGGGUUAAUUUACAAGCAUGGCAAUAUAAAAAAAAAGGUGAAAAAUGUUAUGUAACAGAGGAAAAUUUAAAAGUAUCAUUAAUUAUGUAUGGAACAUAUUUUCUAUUAUUUGCUCAUUUUUUUCUUGGUUCGUAUAUAUUUAAAUCAAAACGUGGAAACAAACAAAUCGAUCAAAAACAAGAAAAAAAUCAACAUAUAAAAAAAAUUGAUUAA